AUGUUAGCUGCUUCAGAAUCUGAGUUGAUCGAAUUAAUGAAUUCUAUAAUAGCAUUUGAGAAUUGCGAAAACAUAGAAGCUAAUUACAUGAAUUUAAAAGACAUUAAAAUUGAUAACUCCUCAAAUAGCAUAAGA